AUCUGGUUAACUGUAAAGUGCCUUAAAGGAAUAGUACACCCAAAACAUGAUUAGCCUUCAUUUUCUACUCACCCCCAUGCUGUUCUUGUUAAUUAUUUCUCUCCUUCCUGAACAGCUGCUGGAGCUAACGGAGAACUACACCCCAGAAGUAUCAGAGUAUAAGGAGGGAAAGAUUGUGAACUUUGACCCGACGUCCAAACAGAUUGAGCUUGAGCUGCUGAAUGCAUCACCAGCUCCUUCUGAACCUGGAAAGUUUGACCUGGUCUAUCAGAAUCCAGACGGCUCAGAGAGAGUGGAGUACGCCGUGCAGAGAGGAUCUACGGUGAUGGAACGAUGGGAUUCUCUGCUGGAGCCCAGACUGAUCAUUGAAACAUAGAAAACAAGCGUAUUUUCUGUCUUAGAUGACAUAAAGGACAUUUUAUUAAAGUUUGAUGUAUUUUGGGACCUGUUCUUUUUUAGAAAUGCGAUUUUAUUCUCUUUAUUAUGAUGUUCUAUUAAAAUGUUGCUGCUAAAAUCUUGCAUCCUGUGUCGCUGUUUACAUGAGGAAAUAGAAAUGAUACAAAUAAGGGCCUUCAUUUUUCUCUAUG